CAACAAGCGAUGAAGAGUCUCGCGAUUGCGGUUGAUCUUGCAAAGAGAGCGGUCAGAUACUCGGAAGGCCGAAUCUGGCUCGCGUUUUUGCAGAGUGCUCAACAAGCUGCACAGCAGACUAAGGAUCAAGACGGGUCGCGCGGAACAAAACCCGCAAUCGAAAAUUUGUUGGAGGAUGAAGAUCGAUUGGAAUUGCUGGAGAUGUUCGAUCCAGCAGAAGAUCUCGCAGAGAGCUUCCUAGACGCCAGUGCGACUGACCCGGAACUUCUGAAGCGGAAGCUCGACAAACUUUUAGUCUUAGAGAAGACGCUAGCGCGGCCGGUCGUGGAUAUGGAAGGAAAUCAGGUGGUCACUGUGCAUCCCGAACAUUAUACGUGGAACAUUCCAGCACCGGAUCAUGAUCCUAAAAGUGGAGAAAAGGGAAACUCAGGUACAGCAGGAAAAACUAGCACAAAGCCAGCAGCUUCACCUACACUGAAGUUUUCACACUUCCCGAAGGGCAAAGAUGUGGAGCCGUCUGGUGCAAGGAAACAAAACAAGAUGACCUCAAAAACUACGUCGGCGAGCACUUCUAGCGCGUUGCGAAAUUCACAAGCGACCCUGUCUCUAGCGGACGCUUCGGCUAUUCUUAGCAGUGUGUUGGAAGUGGGCUGCAACGAGAGAAGUGAGGAAGAUGUCCAAGCUUUUGUUGAGAGCUCCAAGUGUUUCUGCAAGAUCGAUCAUGAUCCAAGAUUUAGUACCGGAGGACAGCAGAGAGUUGAAGCACGCGGAAAGCUGUUCAAUUUGAAGUCCUCUAGCAAAGACGCGGGUAGGGUGCUGGACUACGCGCGCGCGAUCCGGAAAGAAGAGCAUUGGUUUGAAAUGCGACUCAAAAAAGCUCGUCAAAGUCAAAAUCAACGGGGAUGACCGACUUUGGACCUGCGUGAACGAUUACGGAAAACGCCUUCUAGUCUUCGACCACGAAGACAAUCAUGCGGGAGUUGAAAACGCGAAGAGGGACAUCAAGCAACUGCAGAUAAUACAGGCAUAGAAGUAUCUGUAGGCAUCCUAUGCACGAAGGAGUCAGUAGUGAAUGAUUUCUUCUUACAAGCAAAUGCAAAGUUGAGUUCUCAACCCACGACGGUUGCUUAAUUUUAAUUUCCCGAUUCUAAAGAAACAUGAACAUCAAAUGUUAAUGUGCUACCCGAAGAAAGCAAAACAUCACCCCACCAAAGAGAGAACUGCAGUGGUGUUGGGGGCUAUUCUCACAGCAUAGAUGCCUAUACCAUAGGUAUAUUGGCUUUCUCGUCUUUUUUGAACCGCUGGUUCAGUCUAACAUUAUAAUCCUCUUUUCGAUUCGGAAACCCAACUGAGUCCAUCUCAUUCUUAUAUCUGUCAGGAAAGGCGACCAAUUUCUUUGUUGUACUGAUAUUGAAACCUGUGCGCCCUGGAGAUGCUGG